AUGGCCUCGCACGGCCAGUACCCUCCUGCGCACAUGUUGGCCAACAAACACCAUCAUGCUCCUUACGGUUCCGCCCCCGUAGUUGUUCCUGGAGUCGCUCCUGCUGGCACCUUCGCGCCGGGCACCAAGAUUCAGGUUGGCAGCCACCGUGUGGUGAUUCAAAAAUAUCUCUCCGAAGGAGGCUUCGCCCAUGUAUACCUCGUCAAGUUGGCCAAGCCUGUUGACGGCACUGAUCAAGCUGUCCUGAAGCGAGUUGCGGUGCCCGAUAAGGAUACUCUGCGGGGCAUGCGCACCGAGGUUGAAACAAUGAAGCGCCUCAAAGGCCACCGACCGAUCGUUACAUAUAUCGACUCGCAUGCUUCUGAACUUCAAGGAGGGGGUUAUGAAGUUUUUCUGCUCAUGGAGUUUUGCGAUGGCGGCGGCUUGAUCGAUUUUAUGAACACCAGGCUACAACACCGCCUUACCGAGCCCGAGAUCCUCAACAUCUUCACCGACAUCGCUGAGGGUCUCGCCUGUAUGCACUACCUAAAACCACCACUGCUGCAUCGCGAUAUUAAAGUCGAAAAUGUCCUCAUUACCGCCAGAGGAACCUCUAAACGGUUUAAGCUUUGCGAUUUCGGUUCAGCAGCGUCGCCUCAACCCGCCCCCACCACCGUUACUGAGUGCCGCCUUGUUGACGAGGACAUCCAGAAACACACCACGAUGCAGUACAGGAGUCCCGAGAUGAUUGAUGUAUACCGCAAGCAACCUAUAAACGAAAAGUCUGAUAUAUGGGCAUUGGGCGUCUUGCUGUACAAGCUAUGCUACUAUACUACGCCUUUCGAGGACCAGGGCCAAUUGGCGAUUUUAAACGCCAGCUACCGAUUCCCUAGUCACCCUGUCUUCUCUGACAGGCUCAAGAAAUUGAUAGCUUCAAUGUUGAGAGAAAACUUACAGGAUCGACCAAACGUUUAUCAAGUGCUAAAGGAAGGAUGCGCAAUGCAAGGGCGCGAUGUUCCCGUUCACGAUAUCUAUAGCGGCCGUUCCCAACCCCACGCUAGAACUGACAGCCCGCAUCACAUGGCUCAGAAACCGGACCAAGCGCCAGCCGUGGGCGCCGUUUUUGAACGAGUCGAACCCAAGAAACAGGUCAUCCCCGAUGUUGUUCCCAUGAGGAGAGGACGACCGGCUGCUUCUCCAGCCCCAGGCAAUGUAUCCCAGAAACCGGAAGCUUCUCCUAUGCGAAAGGCAGGGGGAGAUCCUUUCGCGGCUCUGGAUGCAAAGGCUGCUUCAAAGGGAAUCGAUGAGCUGUCGUCUCGGUUCCCCACACUUGACCAGUUUUCGUUGCUGCAUGACCAGGGAAGCAAGUUUGAUUUCGACGUUUCCUCGCCGAUCUCGCCAGUAAACGCAUCCUCGGAUCUGAACGACAGAGUGACUGCAAAAUUAGCCGAGGAGGCCUUCGCAACCCCCCCGACUGACUCUCCUCGCCUAAAGCCAGUGUCUAGAACGCACUCUGUCACUCCUGUUGGACACAAAGCCGCCCUCGGCUCACCUCCUCUUGAGCCUUCACUGACAAAGACUUUAUCUGCACCGAGCAGACCCGACAUCAGCAGGGCACAGUCCAUUAUCAGCAACAACCCCGAAUUGCAGGCUAUCUCUUCUCAAUCUAGCUCGCGAUAUGUCUCUACCGGCACAAUGACCUCAACGCCGCCGCCAGAGAGAUUCGGCCAAGAGGGGGAGCAGCCUGCUCACCACGAUGCUCACGAUCAUGCUCGAGCUAGUAGUGCUACAAGGCAGCCUGAGCAAAGCGCAGGACAAUGGACUGCGGAAGAAUCCCGCCCUUCUUUCAUGCAAAGAAUCCCAUCUUACCAGCAACCUGGCCAUGAACAUCAGCCGUCUUCAUCUAGGCCGUCCCUCGAAGGUGGUCGUCCUCGCAUUGAUCUCCUGGACCCAUCAGCUCGUGCUUCGCCAGCUCCGUCAGCCCCAUCAGCUCUGUCACGGCCCCGACCCGCUAGCACUAACCUCGAGGGCACAACUCUUGAUUUCCUGCGUGAGAGAGAGGCUGCAUCGCGUUCCUCGAGCCGACCGCCUCGGGGCUCAUCUCCUUAUCAGGAACCUGCAGACGAGCCGCGCGCAUCGAGCGAUAUAGACUUCUUGAGGAGUCUGGAGGACUCGGAGCGAGCCAAGGCUGGCAAGCGCUCCAGCUUGACUUCACUGUCAGGUAAUAAGAACAUUCUCGCUGGUAAAUUUGGAGACGCAUUUAAGCUCUUUGAGGGCAGCUCUCCUAACAAUGGAAGAGUUCCAUCGCCAGAAAGGGAGUCACACCGCGACCUAACUCCCAUCGCUGGCUCCGAGGCAACUGACGGGCGCAGUGACGAUGGUCAUGUCCACGAGGACGAGGACCGUGUGACACCUGAAAUGAGGCGCGAGAUGGAGCGUUUGAAGCUUUUAGAAGAGGAGCAGCGGGUGGAAGCAGCGCAAGCUGAAUAUCGAAAGCGGGUAGCUGCAGGACAGCGUGGACCACCAGUUCCUCCAAAGAGUAUUGGAGGAGUCUCGCGUGCCGUCAGUAUCCAAAAUCGAGUUCAGAGCCUUCUGAGCGAGGAGCAAAAACCAGCCAACGUUCAAAGGACUGCUCAAGGUUAUGGAAAGUACACUGACACUCCUGAAUCCGGCGACAAGUCCGAGAAGCCUCUCCCAGGAGUGCCGAAGAAGCCGUUGAAUGUGACAAAGACACGAAGUGAUGCCUCCCAAGUCCUCAGCCCUUCCUCAACAGCAUCGGCGCCCGCAGCUCUAGCAUCAAAGCCUCCAAUGAAGCCUCCAGCUCCGAAGAAGCCGGUGCAUCUCAACAGUAUCCCAACUGGUCAGAGGCCGGUAUCGCCUCAAAAGCCAACGCGUGCCCAAACAGCGUCAGAGGAUCUCAUCAGCAUGGAUAGCCCCGGGAAACAAGUGCUGGAGAUGACAGCUCAAGAGAAGGAUGAUUAUCUACAGGACUUUUCCAAGAGGUUUCCCGACCUAGGCUCGAUUGAAAUGGUCGAGCGGGAGAUUGGUGGACAGAAUGGAGGAUCCAGCCGGUAA